AGGACAAAUAUUUAAUUAGCUUCUCUUACUUUUUGUUGGGAGAAUUCGUCUGAACUAUUUUAUAGCUUAUUUAGCCUCAUUUUUGAGGUCAUUUCUUAUAUCCGACCCUUACAGAUAUUAUUAUGUUGUAGUCGUCCCUUGAAUCGUUUGUUUGUUUCUUUAGUGAAUCGGUCACUGUUUUGUUAUCAUCCAUUUUUUAAUACUGCUCCACCUGCUCCGUAGGAACUCGCUCUCUUGUUUUACUAGUAUUUCUUAAGAUCCUUGAAUUAACAAGAAUAUAUUUUCCUGAAAUCAAUCAUUUUGUGCACAUUUGGUCUUAUUUGGUGAAUCGUUUCCACUUGCUAUGAAUUGACGAUGCGGGUUGUUUCACGUUGUUCUCCUCACACCUUUUGUUUAAGAAUUGCACCACACAACUGAUUUAUAGUAGCGACUAAGUGAGUGUGACAUUCCAUGCUCUGUCCUUGUUCUACCAAAUUGUAUACUUGCUGUCUUCGCCAACAUCACCCUCUCUUUUUUUUGGUAAACAACGUGAUAUCAGGUCAGAGGAGAAUGGUAAACUGACAAUUAUCACAUCAUAAGACUUUGUGAUAUCAGGUCAGAGGAGAAUGGUAAACUGACAAUAAUUAGAUAAAAUUGUGUGGACAGAAAAUUUGUUUGUUUAUGUUGAGUUGCAAAGGUACGUAGGAAAGAGAUUGUAUCCACCUUAUGUAAUGGCUAAUCAAAAAUAAGAUACUUCUUUACUAUAGAUAUUUGGAUGGUGGUUCUUGGAUCUAUUUAAAUCAUGGUGUAGCAGUUGGUAUUACUUUGUCAUCCCUGGCUACUAUUUAAGUUACUAUGAUACCCAAACUCAUUAUCCCCCACUCUCAACAUUCAUAUAGUCUUUACUCUCUAAAAGAACUUCUGAAAUGGCAGCAAAUGAUGUCCCUUGCUGUGAACCUAUGUUCUGGUUUUACCUUACUGCAUGUUUUGGUCUAGUUGCUUUCGCAGGUUUAAUGUCAGGACUGACCCUUGGUCUUAUGUCCCUUAGUCUCGUCGAACUUGAGGUCAUAGCUAAGGCUGGUGAACCCACCGACCGCAGAAACGCUGAAAAGAUCCUGCCACUCGUUAAGAACCAACAUCUUCUGCUGUGUACACUCCUCAUAGGCAAUGCUUUGGCGAUGGAGGCUCUACCAGUCUUUGUCGAUUCCCUGCUUCCAGCUUGGGGCUCUGUUCUGAUAUCUGUGACUCUCAUACUUGCAUUUGGCGAGAUUAUACCUCAAGCUGUAUGCUCUCGAUACGGGCUAAGCAUCGGAGCAAAGCUAUCGAUUUUGGUUAGAUUUAUUGUCAUAGUCUUCUUUCCGCUAGCUUAUCCAAUCAGCAAGCUACUCGAUUUAUUGCUUGGAAGAAGACAUUCUACACUUUUCAGACGAGCAGAGCUCAAGUCAUUUGUGUUUAUGCAUGGAAACGAGGCAGGAAAAGGAGGGGAACUAACUCACGAUGAAACAACAAUCAUAUCAGGAGCUCUCGACAUGUCUCACAAGAGUGCCAAAGACGCAAUGACAUCAGUCUCCAAGAUAUUCUCACUUGAUAUCAACUCCAGGCUCGACGAAAAGACAAUGGGACUAAUAGCAAGUGAAGGCCAUAGCCGAAUCCCGGUAUACUCGGUGGAUCCUACUGUUAUCAUCGGAUAUAUUCUUGUCAAGAACUUGAUCAAAGUCCGUCCUGAAGAUGAGACACCGAUCAGAGAUCUCCCCAUCAGAAGAAUGCCUAGGGUCAAUUUGAAUCUACCUCUCUACGACAUCCUCAACAUCUUCCAAACAGGUCGAAGCCACAUGGCUGCUGUCGUUGGGACUAAGAACUGUACCAAUACCAACACUCCUGUCCAUGACAAGAGCAUCAAUGGAACGGAUAAUAAAGAUGGAAAUGUUGUUUUGAGCAUUCCUGUGAUGAACUCAAGUGAGGUUAAUCAUCAGAGUCCAAUCCGAUACAUUGAUAGCAUUGCUGAUGAAGAUGAAGAAGUCAUUGGCAUAAUAACUCUAGAAGAUGUCAUGGAGGAACUCAUACAGGAAGAAAUAUUUGAUGAAACAGACCGGUAUGUCGAAGUUCAUAAGAGGAUAACAAUAAACAUGCCAAUAUCUGGGAACUCGAAUCCACAAUCGCCGGGAACUGCCACGUGGCUUUCGGAGCUAACAUCUCCUAUCUCGCCGUAUCGCUCAAGUCCACUGUCGCCUAACAUCAGGAUCUCUACGCUGCUCCGGUCACCGAUAAACUCACCUUACCGUCAGUCUCCGUUUCUCAGGCCUACACUCUGUGCUUCUCCACCGUCACAGCCUCCUUCGGUGCUCUCUCCGGACAGCAAUGAUCGUUAUUACUAUUUGUCUCCUAGUAGGGUGGGGAAAACGUACGUGAAGCUACCAAGAUCAAAUGGUUCGUAAAACGAAACGGUAGAUCUGAUUAAAAAUGUAUUUAAGUGAAGCAAAAUAUAUUAAUAACAAGAGUCAAAAGACUUUCUUGUCGAUCAUUUUUCAAGAUUUAGGUUAAUCUUUUAUAUGCAUGUGAAUUGAAGUGAAGAAAAGAUGAACUGUCUUUAUUUUUGAGUAUUAUUUUUUUUUUGAAAAAGGAUAAAUAGUAGGAAACGUGUGGCUACUGGCUAACAAAAUAAUAUCUUAAAGAUAAAAACAAAAUAUGCAUGCCACCUUAUACAUGUAUAAUAAGGUAACUAAUCAAAUUCACAAAAGAAUACUUAAGAAAAGAAACUAUUAGUUUACAAAAGAAAACAACAUAACAAGGUUCUUUUCUUAAGAUGGGUUCCCUUUGUUCAUAUGAGUGGAUGAGACAGAUCACGAACAAGCUAUGGAUCUAUGGAUUCCACACAACUUAUGAAAAAUUUGACAAGUCAAGUUGAACUCUAAGAAAUCCGAGAAAUUUUCCUGAUUAAUGGCACCUUGAGGUACUAAGUUACGUCCGAAGAGAAGUAUAUUGGAUGCCAAAGAUAAUUAUGCGCUGGAUCUACAUAAAGAAAGGUCUGGAAUUGGACAGUUCUUAAUAACCCAGUUUGUAAUAUUGGUCUGGUCAUAUAUGGUUUUUGGGUCUAGCUUUGGUUCGUUAUGGGUCUUUGAUGGGUAAUGAAUAUUGACCAAGUUCAACUACUCAUGGCUGGACUGGAAUCUUCUAAAAGAAACCAAAUAAUAUUUAUGUAAACAUGACCCUUACAUUUUAUACUAUUUUUAGUUAAGCAUUUUUUUUAUAAACAAACACACAAUUAACUAGAUGGAAUUAGGGGUGGGCAAAAAUACAGAACCGAACCAAGUCAAACCGAACCAACCGAACCGAAACCAAUUCCAACCGAACCAAUGUCUAUUUCAAACCAUUCGGUUGAAGAUUUUCCUAAUCCGAAU